AUGUCUUCGCCUGCGUAUCGAGGAGCGGUGGGAAUGGCGACGGUCAGUCUGACGAGCGAAGACGAAGAGACCAAGGACGGCAAGUUGGAUUUCUACGGAGGCGACGAAAUAGAGUCAUCCCACUCGACGACAGCAACAGGGAGCAAGACUCACCAAGAUGAGAUCAAGGAGCAGUCGCUCAACAUUGAAAAGACGGCAAAGCGUGCCAUUCUGAUUUCGGCACUGCUGACUAUCAUGGGAGCUGCCGCUGCUGUGAGUUUCAUGUUGCUGGCCAUCAACAACGAGAAGGACGAAAAGAAAGCCUUGUUUCUUCGACGUGCCACCGACUUGGCAGAGGGCAUUGAUGGGAGUUGGCAAGAUUAUGAAACAGCUGCCCUUUGGAUUCACGAAUCUUGCAGUGAUUGGAGGACAUCUAACUACAGCCAUGCUGAUUUUGAGAGACUAUUCAGGUACUUGCGAAGUUCUGGACUUGAUUUUUUCUUGAUGGAAUGGAUGCCCAAUGUGACCCAUACAGAGCGGCUUGUGCUUGAAAAUACCACUCGAGAAUACUAUCGCAAUGAUUCCCGAAUCACCUAUGACGUUGGGUUUACUGGCUUGGAACCUGUUCCUGGUGGGGAAGAGGGAGCACUUGAAAUUGGUCCUCGAUCGGAGCAACCAUUUUACUUUCCAAUCCAGUUUGUUCAGCCCUGGGAAAACGCAGAGGGUGCUACUCACUUGGAUAUUUGGAGUAUUGAUAUCGAGAAACCCCUCAUUCAAGAGGCGUUGCGGCAGGUUCUCCCAGUGCUCUCUCCCCGCAUCUAUUUGGUUGCUCAGGACCAAGAAGAAGGAUACUCGGUUGUCUUAUACCAUCCUGGCAAGCCAUUGUCAGAUGAAGAUGACACACGCCCCACGGACCUCAGUCUCAUCAUUGUUCGCAUCCGUGCGCUAUUGACCAGAGCUGCCAGUUCACGGGGGGUCACCAUGGGAGCCUACCUGUAUGAUUCUACCAUUUCCAACUUUGACCCUGAGCUACCUCCAGAGUUCAUGGGUGGGAUCAAGAUUGAGGUCCAAGGACAAGACAAUAACCGGACCUUGUCCAUGUUUCCUGAAAUCCCACUGGCAGAUCUUAAGGCAGAGCACCACCCUGACUUAUUCUAUCAGCACAGCUUCUUGGUGGGACAGCGUGCGUGGACUGUUGUCGUGGUUCCCAUUGAUGAUACCUACAAUGCAGAGUUGAUGGUCAGCAUUCUGACUGGUGGCAUUAUCUUUUUGGCGGCACUUUUGCUUUCUGCUUGGAUGGUUCACAACAUGCGAAGAUCCAUCAAGAUGCACCGGAUCUUGUCCGAAGCAGCUGCUGAAGCAGCUAUUGUUUCCAACUUGUUCCCAGAGAAGGUCCGGGCGCGAAUGAUUCAAGAUGCCAAGAAUCGAAACAAUCGAGUGGGAGCUUCCAAGCAGGAGGAUAUCUUUUUGAAAGAUGGAGAAGGGCAACACCGAUUGUCAGAAAGGAAGCUCAGUAGUUACCUAUCCAGUGAAGGUAUCUUUGGAAGCAAACCCAUUGCUGAAUUGCAUCCCUAUACAACGAUCAUGUUUGGGGAUCUUGUGGGCUUUACUGCAUGGUCUUCUGUCCGUGAACCAUAUCAGGUGUUUACGCUGUUGGAGCUCCUGUAUCAUUCCUAUGACAACAUAGCUGCACGCAGAAGGGUGUUCAAAGUCGAAACCAUUGGAGAUUGCUAUGUGGCUGUUUGUGGUCUUCCCGAGAGGAGGAAGGAUCAUGCGGUUGUCAUGGCCCGCUUUGCCACUGAUUGCAUGUAUCGCAUGCACAAACUGGUGAAAGCUCUUGAAGUGACCUUGGGCCCAGACACAGGAGACUUGGGUCUCCGAGUUGGGCUCCAUUCUGGUCAAGUGACGGCUGGAGUCCUAAGAGGAGACAAGGGUCGGUUCCAGCUGUUUGGUGACACAAUGAACACAGCGAGCCGUAUGGAGUCAACCGGAGUUCGCAACAAGAUCCAGGUCUCUCAGGAGACUGCUGACCUUCUCACAGCUGCAGGCAAGGGGGGUUGGCUAGUGCCUAGAAAGGACAUGAUCACUGCAAAAGGAAAAGGAACCUUGCAAACAUACUUCCUCAAGAUCCUGUCAAAGUCCCAGGGUUCUGCUGAAUUCAACAUGCGAAUAGCACGAGGGUCUGUAUUUAUCAAACCAGAGGAUCAUGGGAAUCUUAGAGUUCGGGAGGAAACCAAGAUGCAGCGUCUCAUUGAUUGGAAUGUGGAGGUGCUAAGCCAACUUAUCAAGCGAAUUGUUGCACGCCGAGCAGCUGCUAUGGUGGAACGAAAACCCUACACUCCAGAUUUCCAAUCCCACAGUACUGCAAAAAUGCCACUGGAUGAAGUUGCGCAAAUCAUCAAGCUCCCCGAUCUUGAUGGGACCGCGGUCAAGAAGCAAGUAGACCCCGAAUGCAUCGAGCUGGAUCGUGAUGUCAUGGCUCAAUUGAAAGACUUGGUCACAAAGGUUGCUACAAUGUACCACUUCAAUCCCUUCCACAACUUUGAACAUGCUUCUCAUGUUUGCAUGAGUGUCCAAAAGAUGCUCUCACGCAUUAUCAAUCCAAAGGAGGUUUUGCUGAAGAGGAAUCAGGGUGCCAUGGAUGAUGAUUCAAAUUUGGAUUCUGAGCUUCAUGACCAUACCUUUGGGAUCACUUCGGAUCCUCUCACUCAGUUUGCCUGUGCUUUCUCGGCAUUGAUACAUGAUUUGGAUCACCAGGGUGUACCCAACGCAGUCCUGAUGAAGGAAGGGAGCCCUCUUGCAGAGAAAUACAACCAGAAGAGCCUUGCUGAACAGAACUCCAUUGAUUUGGCAUGGGGACUCCUUGCAGAUCCAAGUUAUGGCAAGCUCCUCAAGACAGUUUGCUGUGACGAGGUUGACUUCAGGAGGUUCCGGCAGUUGGUGGUGAACUCUGUGUGCGCUACUGAUAUCAUGGACAAAGAAUUGGGAGCAGCUCGCAAGGAACGCUGGAACUUGGCCUUCAGUGAAGAACCCAGGAAUGAGCCCAAGGCUGAAACAGUCAAUCGCAAGGCAACCAUUGUUAUUGAGCACUUGAUUCAAGCUUCAGAUGUGUCCCACACAAUGCAGCACUGGCACAUUUAUGCCAAAUGGAACGAAAGGCUGUUUCUUGAGCUCUACAAAGCCUACAAAGAUGGCCGAUUGGACAAGGAUCCAAGUAUUGGCUGGCAUGAGGGGGAGAUGGGAUUCUUUGAUUUCUAUAUCAUUCCACUGGCGAAGAAGCUCUUCAAGUGUGGUGUGUUUGGAGUAAGCAGUGAUGAGUUUUUGAACUAUGCUGAGAUCAAUCGCAAAGAGUGGGAGAAGAAGGGGGCACAAAUGGUCCAGAAGUAUCUGAGGGACUAUGAAGCUGAUUAUGGCGUGACUCCCGAGCGAAGACUGUCUUAUGACAGUGGUGUUGGUGAUAAUAACUGGGAUGACGAAAUGGACGACGAGGCAGACGACCCACCACCAACCUUUCUAGUGACUGUAGCAAAGUGA